GCCACAGGCUGUGGCACACCAUACUGAACCGUAAUACAAUAAUUAAAACGACUAGUGUAAUAAGAUUAGGUAAGCGCGAAUGAGACUGUGUGUUAAGAAAACAGGACGGAGUCCGACUAUGUCCGUAUAUGUUGAUCUGAGGCUCUUCUUCAAAUAAACAAACUUCCGCUGUUCGCAGUGUUUGUUCCUCUCUGCUUGCCGUCUCCUUCUGCCGUUUUCGCCGCAGUUUGCCUAGUUUGUCCCUCUCGAUUGGCCGUACGUCGCUCUGAGUGUCGUUUUGCUCCACGUCGGCCGCGCAUGCGCGAUGCCCGGAUUCACCUGAGGGGUGAUGCGCGACGCCGAGCCAAGGCGGAAGAAAGACACCUCGAAGUGGGUCAGAGGCGACGCUCCGACAGUCACAGUGCGCUUCUCCACUCUUUCUCCGUGACGUUCUGGAGCCAUGUUCAAGAAGCUGAAGCAGAAGAUCAACGAGGAGCAGUCGCCGCAGAGGAACGCGCAGCAGUCCCCGCAGCCGCAGGUGGGACCCAGGGAGCUGCGCGGUCGCAGCCCGUCUCUCCUUCAGGAUGACAGCCCCCCUAGUGACCGAGAGCUGCUCGCUGGGGUCAUAGCCGAGCCGGCCUUUCUCUCUGAGUACACUAUCUUUGCUCUGGACCAUUCCACGCGACCCAGCGCUGAUGCGGUGCCCGUCGCGCACGUGGUUUCAAGCAGCACAGACUCUCCGAAAUCCAGGGGCAAUGUGAACGGAGAUGGCGCCACAUCAGCCCAGGAGUCCCAGUCGCUGGCCCAGAAGCUGCAGCUUAAGGUGCCCUCCAUGGAGUCGCUGUUCCGGUCCUCUUCUCGGGAGAACUUGGUGCGCAGUGCCUCCCGGGAUUCCCUCAACCGCCUCGGCGACACCGAGUCUCCAGCCACAACACCCGCCUAUGACCCCCCCUCAGACAUCGAGAGCGAGGCGGAGGAGUCGCCGGGCAGCGUCGAGAGUCUCACCAAGGAGCAGCUGCUCCAUCGCCUGCACAGGGUGGAGAGGAGCCUGGCCAACUACCGUGGCAAGUACUCUGAGCUGGUCACUGCCUACCGCACGAUACAGAGAGACAAAGAGAAGACCCAGGCCAUUCUGAGUCAAAGCCAGGACAAAGCUUUGCGCCGGAUUGGAGAGCUCAGAGAGGAGCUUCAGAUGGACCAGCAGGCCAAGAAGCACCUGCAAGAGGAGUUUGAUGCUGCUCUGGAAGAGAAGGACCAACUGAUCACUGUCCUGCAGACCCAGGUUGCUCUCAUGAAGAAGCGUCUCCACGGCAUUCAGGGUGAAGGUUUCUCCACCGAGGUGGACUCGGCUCCUCCCGAGGGCUCGCAGGAGAGCUCCUCUAUCCUACAGAGCCCCCCGGCAGAUGGCUCUACUGCAGUUGAGGAGAGCGACGCUACCUCGGCCAAGACCGUGGAGGUGCUGCAGCAGCGUGUACGGAGGCAGGAGAACUUGCUGCAAAAGUGCAAGGAGAUGCUGCGCAGCCACAAAGAACGCAGCACACAGCUGAGCAGUGAAAAUGAGGCGCUGCAGCAGCAGCUUCAGGAGCGUCUGCAGGAGCUUGAGAAAAUGAAGGAGCUCCAUACCACUGAGAAGACCCGCCUCAUCACUCAGCUACGGGAUGCUAAGAACCUCAUUGAGCAGCUGGAGCAGGAUAAGGGCAUGGUGAUCGCCGAGACCAAGCGGCAGAUGCACGAGACUCUGGAGAUGAAGGAGGAGGAGGUGGCGCAGUUGCGGACGCGGGUCCAACAGGUGAUGGCGGAACGUGAUGAGCUUCAGGAGCAGCGCGAAAAGUCAGAGAGAGCGGCCUUUGAGGAGCUCGAGCGUGCCCUGGGCAUGGCACAGCGGGCUGAGGAGGCGCGCCGGCAGCUGCAGGCCACAAUGGAAGCCCAGGUGAAGGAGGUUGAGCGCACCAGUGAGGAGGAGAGGCGGAGCCUGCAGCAGGAGCUGACACGUGUCAAACAGGAAGUGGUGCACAUCAUGAAGAAGUCGUUGGAGGAGCGUGUGGCUGAGAUGGAGCGCCUGCAUGCUGAUGCCCUGGCCAACAGGGAGCAGGAGCUAGGCACCAGGCUUCAGCAGCGAGAGGCCCAGUUCCAGGAGCAGCUCAAGCAGGCACUGGAGCAGUGCCGGGCAGAGCUCAGCAAGGCCAUGCAGGAGCGGGACCAGCAGACAGCGUUGGCCCUCGAGGAAGCCGAGCUACAGAAGGCGGCCCUGCGGUUGGAAGGAGAGAGCCGAGCUGUGGAGCUGCAGCAGGAACUGGAAACGGCCAGGACGAAAAUCCUGGAGCUGGAAAGUACCCUCUCAAAACCUCCCCCAGAUGGUUCCCACCGACCUACAGAGGACCUUGGCCAAACGGAAGAGCACAACAGAAAGAUGGAGGGGCAGUUGGCAGCCCUGGAGGCAAAGCACCAGGAGGCACUUGAGCUCCUACAGGCGGAGCAGGCAAAGGCAGCACAGAAGCACCAAGCUCAGUUGGAUGAGCUGCGCGAGCAGCAGCGGGCAGAGCUGGAGGCUGCACUGAAGGACAAGGAGCUACAGUACCAUGCUCAUGUGGAUGACAUGAACCAAAAGAUGCUGGAGAAGCUGGAUGUGAAACAGACAGAACUAGAGGCCUUAGCCUUCGAACUCUCAGAGACGCUGAAGAGUCGGCAGCUGCUGGAGGAGCAGCUGGCAUCCACCGGGGGCAAUUUUGAUGCAGCCAGAAAGGAAUUUGAAGCAGAGCUUCAGCAGGAGCGAUCCAAGUGCCAGGCUAAAAUUGAAGGCAUCCAGUCACAGCAUGAGGAGUCCCUGGGGGGAGUGGAGAAGACAUUGAAAGAGGAACUCAACAAGCUCAAGAUGGUAUUAAAGGAGAAAGAGAAUGCACUUGAGGAACAGUUGAGCAAAGAACAGGCUCUGAAGGAGGCUCUAGAGGAAACCGUGCAGGAAGGAAAGAACAAGCUGGAGGAGCUGGUGGCUGCUCACCAGAAGGAGAGGGAAGAGCUUCAGCAACAAAAAAAAGUUAAUGAAGAGGCUCAGAGACUGAGCAUGCUGGAGCUUGACGAGCUGAGGCAGAGUCUACAAGAGGUUCAAACAGAGAAAGAGGACCUGAUGGAUGCCACUAUUCGCCUAGGUGAGAUCACAGCAGAGCUGAUGAAUUGCAGAAAUCAGGUGAAGGAUCUUGAGCAGCAGCUGGAAAAGGCCCUGAGUACCUCGAAGCAGAAGGCAGAGGAGCUUCCUCAAAGGCACUUAGCAGAGCAACAGGAGCUGCGGCUUCAGAUGGAACAAGUCAAAAAGGAGCUUUCUGAGAAAGAGUGCUUGUAUGCUAAAACAAUUGAAAGGCAGAAACAGGAGGAGACCCAGCUGAAAAAGAUGCUGGAUGAUGAGAGGGCUGCAGCUGAGAAGACACUGGAGAAUGUGAAGAAGGAGAUGGAGGGGAAGCUGAAAUUACAAGAGACAAAGAUGGAGAAGGUCAAACAGAAGGCAAAAGAAAUGAAUGAUAAGUUUAAGAAAAAGCUUCAGGAGCAAGAAGAGAAUCUGAAAGCAGAGCUGCAGAAGAAGGAACAAGAGCUGGAGCAGAAGGACCAGCAAGUCAAGGAGAAGAUCCUGGAAAUGGCUCAGGUGAGCUCAGUGGGUCUCAAUGAGACUGUGAUGCAGCUGGAAGCCACCCACAAGGAACAGCUGGAGAGGCUUCGGGAGACCCUAAAGAAGGAGCAGGAUGAGGUGUCACAGAACUGGCAGAUGAAGAUGUGCCAGAAAGAAGAGGAAAUGCAGGAGAAACACCAGCGCCUCCUGCAGGAGAAGAUGCAGGAACUAGCAGAGGUGAUGGAGCAGCUCACAGCCAGCAGAGAGGAGAAGAAACUGUUCAUACAAGACCUCAAAAACCUCAGGGAGGAACUUGCUAUAAGAGAGACAACUGUGCAGAAAUUGCAAGCAGAGCUGAAGGAAGCAGCUGCUAAGCUGGAGAACUUGUCUCAAAGUGAAGUAAUGCUGAAAGAGCAAGUGGAAGCUGUAGAAAAGAACCUAAACCAGGCUUUGAAUGAAAGGAACACACUGCAGGACCAGCUCAGUAAAGCUUCAGAAGACACCAGAGAAAAGGUGCUGGCACUAGCAAAAGAGCUGGAAGAGACUCAAGGCAAACUGCAAGUUGUUGAAGCCACAAACUGUAAAGAAGGUGAGGACUUACAAAAGAGGCUCAAAGAGUUUUCCCUACAAAGUCAAGCUAAGGAAGAAGAGUUCAGGAACCAGAUCAGUUUAAUCCACAAAGAGCUGGUCCACCGCUGCCAGGAGGCGCAAAUGAAAAUGGACUCCACCACGAAGGAGCUUUGUGAGAAAGUGGACAGUCAAGUGGGUGCACUUGAAGACAGAGUCGUGAGUAGUCAAAAACAGGUGGCACAGCUCAGAAACACCAUCCUCUCCAAGGGCAACAGAAUAUGCACUUUGGUAGAGCAGCUCCAGCGGAAGAAGGAGGAGAUUAACUGCCUCAAUAGUUCCCUCGAGCAGAUGACCUCCAAGGUGAAAAUACACAUAGAGCACAUCAGUACUGUAACCACAGAGAAGGAGUUGCUACAAAGAGAUCUACAGACACUGUCCGAGAAGGAAGUCUGUAUCGAGCAGCUAAGGAAGGACAAUGUUACCAUCUCAGAAACGCUGAAGGACCGCAAUCUCCAUAUCAGCAGUUUGGAAAGUAUCAUUAAUGACCUGAAGACUCAGCUAGCUAAUAGUCUUUCAGCAAAAGAGGAAGCCAUAUCCAUGCUGGAUCACCAGCAUAAUGAGCAGCAGCAGAAGCUUCUGAAGCAGAUGGAGGAGAAAGUGGAGACACUUAAUGCUGAAAAGGUCGCUGCUCUGGAGCAGGCUGAACAGUUCAAGAACAAGGUAUUGGAGUUGAAGAAGAAAACGGAGAUCCGGUUCACCCAGAACCACAACGCAGUCAAAUCCCUGCAGGCUAAGCUUGAAGACAUGGAGCGGCAGAUCGCUGAGCGGGACGAGAGGCUUGAGAAGCUGACAGCCACCAUUGACCACCAGUCUGUCAGUAAGUCCGAGAUGGACCAGGCCCUCAGUGAGAAGGAGCAGCGCCUUGGUGCCUUGACCACAGAGUUGGAAGGUUGUAUGAGUCGGGUGACUGAGCUGGAGGAGCAGUUAGCAGUGAGUGAGAGGGAGCAGAGCAAACUGGAGGAGCAGCUGCAGCAGGCCCAGACAGAAGCCUCACAGAGCAGGAACCUUGCCCUGGAGAGCCAAGCUGCCAAGCAAGAGCUUGAGCGCCAGCGGAAUGACUUUGAGAAAGAGAAGACUGAGAUUCUGAGAAACAAAGAAGAGGCUUUGAGGGCAGCUGAUGAACGACUGGCCUCUGAGAGCAUGGGAAAGCUGGCUGAGCUUAAGAAAAAAGCAGAGCAGAAGAUUGGACAGGUGCGUAAACAGCUGACUGCACAGGUUGAGGAGAAAGAGCAGGCUAUGGAAGUCCUUCAGAAGCAGCUAGAAGAGAAGGAACAGGCUCUUCAAGUUUUGGAGAAGCAGGUGGAGGAAAAGGGAGAGGCUGUCAGAGUCUUGGAGAAGACACUUGAGGAAGCCAAGCAGGACACAGAAACAAGGAAGCAGUGUGCUGACAUGUUGGAGGACAGGGUAAAGUCUCUGGAAGAGGCUUUAUCUAAAGCAAAGGAUGAAAAAGAACUGCAAGUUGAAGCAGUUAGAAAGGAAGAGAGACUUGAGAAGGAGAGCUCUCUGGACCAGCUGAAGCAGAUGUAUGAAGAGAAGUUGAGUGCACUCAAGAGUGAAGUAGCCAAUCUCAAGGAGACUCUUAAAGGAAUUGAGGACAAGGAAAGGGAAACUCUGUCCAUUCAGGAGGAAGCAAACUGCAGACUUGAGGAUGUGAUAAGUAAGCUGAAACAGGCAGAGGAGGAGAGGGAGAGCUAUCAGGCCGAAAUGGACCGGCUUAACAUGGAGCUUCUUUCCCACACUACACGUGCUCAGACCUCCUCAGGCCUGCAGGAGCAGGUCCGAGAGAAGGAAAGGAGGAUCGAGGAACUGGAAAAGAACUUGGAGGAGCUCAAGAAGUGUACGGACGACAAAGAGCCUGCUGAGAAGAUUGAAAUGCUUAAGGCGGAGGAGGUCCAGAUCUGUAACUCCGGAGUGCUGGGGGGCAAGCCUCAUGAGGUGGAUUCCUUAUUGGAGGAGUACAGGGAGAAGGCGGAGGAGUUGGGCAGCCGGCUGAAGGCGUGCGAAGCCUUGCUGAAGAUGUACGAGCAGGAGUCGGGUCAAGGGCAUGCUGCUGAUUCCACCAGUGCGAUGAGGACUCAGGCAGCGGAGCUGCACAGCAAGCUCACUGAGGCAGAAAAUGAGAAGCAGAAGCUGCGCAAAGACGUCACGCGAUUGCAGAAAGACCUCCGCUCCCUACGGAAGGACCACGAGCAAGAGCUGGAGUUCUUGCGCAAGGAGAUGUCCGAAGAGCAUAAGAAGAACCUCAAGUUGGAGUUGGAGGACAUGGAGAUGCGGCACAACUCAACCCUGAAGCAGAUAAUGAGGGAGUUCAACACCAAAAUGGCCCAGAAGGAGCGAGAGCUGGAGACAGCAGUGAAAGAGGCCAUAGGAAAGGCACAGGAGGUGGAGGUGGAGCUAAUGCAGAGCCAUCGUGAGGAGGUCAUCCAGUUGCGCAAGACCAUCUCUCAGAAGGAGGAGGAUCUCAGUCGGACAGUGCACAAAUACGAGGAGAUCCUGCAGAGCCGCGAAGAGGAGAUGGGCACCCGCGUGUGGGAGGUCCAGAAGGAGCUAGACGAGCUGCAGAUGAGGAUCCAGGGCAACGAAGAGGGCUCCACGUCCGUUUCUGAGCUCCAGGCCCAGCUGGCCCAGAAGACCACCCUGCUGAGUGAGGCCCGACUGAAGGAGCAGGAGUUCCAGGAGAGGAUUCACGCUCUGGAGGACAAGCUCCGGUGUGUCCAUAAGAACUCAGUGGUCACUCACCUGGGGGCCCCCUACAGAGACACGGGACACUAUGGUGGUGACGCCCUCUCGGAGCCCACAGAGUUCGAGUAUCUGAGGAAGGUCAUGUUUGAGUACAUGAUGGGGAGAGAGACCAAGACUAUGGCCAAAGUCAUCACUUCCAUGCUGAAGUUUCCUCCAGACCAGGCCCAGAAGAUUCUGGACAAAGAAGAUUCUCGAACCCUCUUCAGCACAGCUGCAGGGGGCAUCUUUUGAGGCCAGGGCCAGGCUGGCAUGGGGUUGCGGUGGCAUGGCUACGCUGAUGCAGACCCGGCAGAUCCAGGUGGCGCAAUGGGGCCCAGUGACACAGUGCUGAGGGCCAGGUGGAGGCGCCAGAGCCUGCUCUUCCUGUGCGUGCGUGCGUGUGCGUGUGUGUAAAGGUACAGAGACUGCUCACUGCAGGGACAAAGGGAAUCAAGUCAUGGUGGUUCUUUAUAACUAGUUGCUAACAGAUCAUAGUGCGCAUUGUAGGAUUUAUUAAAGGUUUACGGUUAUUGUUUCGUAGCUUUUUAUGGACAAAUCGAUUUGUGCAAUAAAUGAGAUCAGUUUUAUUUUGUCUUUGGUUCCUUUCCUGCAUUCGCUGCUCUUUCCCGACCGCACAGGCCCAUCCACGGUUCGUUUGCGGUCUCGGACCGAUCACAACACUGUAUCGUAGUACCUCGUUUGUUAACUACAGCUUUUCUACUUUAUAUUUUCCGGAGACUGACUAGAAAGGCUUCAAAUAUUGUAAAUUGUAAAUAAAUUAUACAGAAUAUGUACUAUAGGGCAUAUUGUGGCUGUCGCUAUAUUGAUACACUUGGAGAGAAGCUAAUAAAGUUUUA